AUGCACGUGGCAGUGGUGGAAACAGCCUUGGUGCUGCUGCUGAGCAUGGGGUGGACCUCAGACUCUCUCUGCUCACCCACCAUUUUUUAUAGAGACUGUUGGAUCCGUCGCUUUCCAGGUCUUCUGAUUGACCUGGAGGAGUCUCAGAAGCUGGGAGCUCAGUUCCUGAAGUAUUAUUCUGAAAGUACCGGCCAGAAAUGUAGCAGGAGCUGCUGCCUUAGGAAGGAUGUUUCCUGUAACGUGGCUGUCUUCUACCAUGAUCCCAUGCAUGACAAUGUCAACUGCCUCCAUGUUCACUGCCCCACACUGGAGAGCUGCAUAUUAGAGCCUGGAACCAGUGCCAUUUUAUACAACGUAACAGAAGGUAUAGAUCCAGAUUUGCUGGUUUUUGAACAAUCACGUCCCACAUAUCUAAAUACUCGUUCCUCAUCUAACACACGGGACAGACUAAGGAUUUUAAAAGCUACGCAUUUAGAUGAACAACAAACCACAGUGAUAAACCAAAUGCUACCAUCAACAGAGAUGCCGUCAUCAACCACACAUCAAGAUUUGGUUGUCAACACAAACAGUACUAGGUAUUCCAAGGAGUUAACCACAGAUUCUUGGGCAAAACUCAUUUCCCUGAAUAACUCCAUUACCACAGAGGUAAAUAUGGUGUCACACAGCACUGAUUUCAUCAAUAAUCCAGAUAACAAGACUAUUUCUCCUUUCUUUGUUCCCAUAGACACAAAAGCUUUUCAUAGGCCUAUUCCAUCCCGACUCAACAGUAGCAAGCAAUUACUAAAUAAAACCAAGGGGUCCAACAGCAGAAACCACACAGCUGAGAAUGAAGACAUGACACCUGAUGGGGCAUCUGUGACUUCAAAGAUGUGGCUGGCUCCAGUGGCCCUCUGUACCUCUGUCAUCUUUCUUUGCUGUUGUAUGAUCAUCCUAGCAUCUGGAUGCUGGAGAAAGCAGCAGGGCCAGUAUAAGCCAGGGCAGAGAAAGGCAGGAUCCAGGCAUGUCAAAAAGUUAACACUCUAAAGAAGAACUCUUAAUAGUAAAAGUUACAAGAUUGUAAGCUUUCAAGGGUAUCGUUUUUAGUUUUUUUGUAAGACAAGGGCUGUUUGUUUAAAAAAAAUAAAUAUUGCACAGGAUUGCAAGGCCAUAAUCUUCAUAAAUUUAACUGCUUUGAUCAUUUCUAUUUUGUGAAUAGUCUACCCUUUGCCAAAGUUCCAAAAUUCUGACCCCUGCACUUGUUUAGCACAGUGUGAGAGAUAUGCUUCUAAGUGCUAUACAUGUAUUCCCCCAUGGAUAUAAUUUUAUGAAUUAGAUAUACUUUUUAAAAUGACUAUAGUAUUAUUAUCACAUUUUACAGAUGAGGAAAAUGAGAAGAGAGAGGCUAUCUUCCCUAAAGUCACAUAGCUUAAUAUUAGGGAGGGCAGGAUUUAAUAGAUAUCUGGUUCAAAAGUUCAUGCUGGAAAUCACUGUUAGUUUAAAAGCCUCCAAAAAACAUGGAAAAAAAAAAUACAGAGAGGAAAACACCAUAAUAUCAUAUGUUUCCUGUCAAGGUCAAAUAAUUGUCAUGUAUGUUAAUAAAAUCUUUUAGUGGAUUGGAUAGAAAAGUGCUAUUAUUACAGUUACUAACACAUGUGCAAAUGCUGCCUUUUAAAAAAAUUUAGUUUUGAUGUUCGAUUGAUUAAUUCUUCUUAAUCCUAAACCAUCUUCAUUUUUUAAAGUUGACAUGCCUUUAACUCUGGUACUGGAAUUGUGUUGAUCUCUGUUGAAUAAAGUUUGGGAGUUUUAGUUUACAGCCCUCACGUGUAUGUAGUGUUUUCCCAGGUGCCAACAUUAGCUGUAGGUAUUUGAGCUCUGUCCAAAUCUUACACCAGAUCUACCCCCACCCCCACCCUGAAGUGCAGACACUUUAAUUCAAUCAA